ACGUAAGGUGCAUGCUGAACUAACAGUUUGCAGAAACAGACUCUAACUGCAUUACAGUGAAAAAAUUGAACCUGUUGUAUGUCUAUGGUGUUAACUGUGUAAAUAAAUAGCACGCACGCUAGAAUGCAUGCUACAUAAUCGUGUCAUCGUUUCAGACGUCAAAAGGCGAUUGUGUACAUAGAUCCCAUCCCCAGUUGACACUUACAAACGCGCAAGGAGAGGUUUUCAUUGACAGAAUAACCGCCAAGGAUAAAUACGUCGUGCGUGAGCUGUCCAUGAGAGUCUCCUGAUUGCGCCAGAAGCCGCUAACCAGAUAACGUGUUUCCCAUUUGCUUCCCGUGUCUUCAGGUUUCCGAGACUUUGAGGGAUUCAUUGGGCGGCAGUCGCUUGUGCCGUUCGAACUGAUCAAAGUGUCUGACGGCCUCUCCUCGCGAGAAAGGGCAUUUGAGUAUUAUCGCAAUUUGUGCAGACUCAGGAUUAUUUUGAAGUUUUAUCUCAGAAAUCGGUUGUAUACAUAGAGGGAGAAUAAUAUAUUAGUAGUUAACAUGAUAUGGAAAUGUGUAACGAAAGUUGUCGCUAAAUUUGAGAUAGAAAUUGAUGAAACCUGUAAUCACUUGUUUUCAAAAAGAUCUCAAAAGUUUUAACAAACAAAACAAGAAUAAACCUUGACCCACUUAUUGAUGACCCGCAAAGCGGAAUAACCUAUUAAGUGAAGAGAUCAUCUGCGCAUCCUACUGUCAUUUGUGUUUUUAUUGUUGGGCCCUCUUCUCUUAGAGAUAGAGAGAGCGAAAGAGGUAGUCAGUGUAGCGAGUGACACAGUGCCAGUGCCAUCAUGUCCCACCGGUAUUCACCUGUUGCACAGGAAGACGACCCUUAUCUCUACCACUUGAAUAAAAAGGAGCUAGUGGGGUCAACGAAACCUCGAAUAUGGCGGAACCUGCUGAUAGGAACCAUCGGUGUCAUGCUGGUGGUGUCAGCGGCCAUUGCCAUCAUCGUAUUAACACGCGGGAACGAAGCGGGUGCCCCUACAUCAUCAGCCCUUACAUCUGAUCGUAGAGGGAUAGACUUGGCAGAAGUGCUUAACGGUACUUUUUCUGCUGCAUCUUUUAAUGGAACGUGGAUUUCUGAUAAUGAGUUUUUGUACAGGACAGAAGAGGGUGCACUCAACAUAUUCACUGUAGGGACACCGCUUCCGAAAGAAUUAGUUUCUAAGGAAUUUAUGCAAGAAUGGCGCCCUUUCAAGUACAGCUUGUCUCCAAGCAGAAAAUAUCUUCUUUUUGUUCAUGAUGUUCAGAAGCUAUUCCGGUAUUCCUACUUGGCUCGCCAUACAAUUCUUAACCUUGAGACUGGCGAGACAACACCAUUGGCUCCCCAGAGGGUGAGAACGCGAAGUGAUCAGCCACCUUUAUUAUAUGCCACUUGGGCUCCAACAGAAGAUUCCAUUGCAUUUGUUUCACACAAUGAUUUAUAUUACACCACGGGACCUGACCUGAAUACAAUGUAUAGGCUCACUGAUACUGGACAAAUUGGAAGCAUUUUCAAUGGCAUUCCAGAUUGGGUUUAUGAAGAGGAAAUUUUGAGUUCUAAUUCUGCUUUAUGGUUCGGUCCUAAUAGCCGCCGUCUUACUUUUGCAACCUUUAAUGAUUCUCAUGUAGAUACUAUGAACUUCCCCUUGUAUGGUCGCCCUGGAGACUUAGCUUUCCAGUACCCUAUUCAGCAGUCCAUCAAGUAUCCCAAGCCUGGACGUGCUAACCCUGUGGUUGAUUUAUGGGUUGUUGAUCUAGCUAAGCUAGUGAGUGGAAGUGGUGAUACUGUAACCCGUCUCUCACCUCCAUCAUCACUGUCUACUGUCGAUCAUUACUUUACUACAGUUGGUUGGGCAACUCCCAAUAUUGUGUCUGUAAUCUGGAUGAAUCGUCACCAGAAUGUUGAUACACUAAGUAUAUGCAAUGCAGACACUGGUGUGUGCACAGAUGAUCUUGUUCAUGAAUCCCCUGAUAAAUCCUGGAAUGACCUUUACACUGCUCCUGAAUUUGAUGACAAUGGAGGGAAUACAUAUCUCAUUAUUCUACCAACUCAUCAGGCUGAUAAAGGACAUUUUAAGCACAUCAACCUACGUCGGUCUUCUGAUAAAACAUUAACACCCCUGACAACAGGGACUUAUGAAGUAGUUGAGAUACUCUCUUGGGAUCAGAAGAAUCAUGUUGUGUACUUUACUGCUGCACCAUCUGGUAAACCUGGACAACGUCACAUCUAUUAUGUUGGAGACCUUGAAAGUUCACAGCCGAAACAAGCAUACUGUAUUACAUGUGGUUUCAAAAAUGAUUUUGGUGAGGAAUGCAACUACAACAGUGCAGAUUUCAGCAAAGAGAGCCAGUACUAUGUAUUAACCUGCAGCGGUCCUGGAAUCCCUCAAGUUACUCUCCAUAAGACUUCUGAUCACUCUAGACUUAUGCUACUUGAAGAUAAUCAAGAUAUUCGUGAUCGCCUCUUAGACAGAUCUUUACCUCUUGAAAAGCGUCUAGAAAUUGAUAUUGAAGGUGGUCAUAAAGCUCAAGUUUCCAUGAAACUCCCUCCAAAGUAUAAUCCUACUCUCUUCCAGACUUACCCCAUGCUUGUUUAUGUGUAUGGCGGCCCAGGUUCUCAGCUUGUGAGUGAUAAAUUUAGAAUUGACUGGGGUGAUUAUUUGGCUUCUGAGAGGGAUAUCAUAUAUACUUCAAUUGAUGGACGUGGAUCUGGAUAUUCUGGGGAUAAGCUCCUCCAUGCUUUAUAUUAUGGAUUGGGAACAGCUGAAGUAGAAGAUCAAAUUGCUGUCACCUCAGCCCUCCAAAAAUCGUUCCAGUUUAUUGACUCAUCAAGAACUGCUAUUUGGGGAUGGUCAUAUGGUGGCUAUGUAACUGCUUCUGCCUUGUCUAAAGAUGUUGGAAAUGUUUUCAAAUGUGGCAUUUCUGUUGCUCCAGUCACUUCCUGGAUAUAUUAUGAUACUGUAUAUACGGAGCGUUAUAUGGGUUUGCCAACACCUGAUGAUAAUUUGAGAGCAUAUAUAGCCUCUGACAUUACGAAGAAUGUAACCAAUUUCAAGAACAAGGAGUUCUUCCUCAUUCAUGGAACUGCUGAUGACAAUGUUCACUACCAACAAUCCAUGAUGCUGUCUCGAGCUUUGGAGGUUAAUGACAUCCUCUUCAGGUCUCAGAGCUAUCCAGAUGAAAACCAUGGUUUAGCAGGUGUCAAGAAACAUCAUUAUCAUUCAAUGGAAGACUUCCUUAAUGACUGUUUUAAUCAGACCUAAAGUACUUAACUUGUAUCUUUUGCGUUUAUUAGUAUGCAUCUUUCAUUUUAUAAGUCAUUCAUUAUGUUUUAUCAAACUGCCUGGGUAGAGUUUUCAGUGCAAUACCAUCACCUCCACAUAUGAUUUGUAGUUAUUUUUAUAUUGGCUGUUACUACAUGUAAUUAUUUGGUAACAAUAACUGACAUUCCACUAGCAACAUCAUUCCAGAAGUAAGUUUGUAUUUUCAUAAAAUAUCUUCAGACUUGUGCAAAGUCAAUCUUAAAACCUACAAAUCCAAGUCUUGAGGAAUUCCACUUUCCCUGUUUGUAUAAAUGAGGUUUUACAUUUGAAAAACUUUGUUUGCAAAUAUUAUAUAUAUUAUCAACUUGCUUUAUUAAGUCAAAAAAUCUCUUAAAUUUUAUGAAAUUUUUAAUUAAGUACAUGGUUUUAUAUUCAGAGCUAUAUGUAUGGUUUAAGAAAUUUGUAAAUGAUUUUUAUUUAACAGACUAUGUUUGAGACAUUUUCACAUGUAUAUAUCAAUUUCAUACAGUAGACUGUACGUUUCUCACAUUGAGCAUUUUUUUAAUGACAAGUUCCAUUAAUUUUUAUUGUCUUAUAAAAGUGUGAAUAGUUGAUGUAGCAUUUGAGUGGUGGUAGUUGCUCAGUAUAUAAAGUGUAUAGUUGAAUAUGUAGUAUUUGAGAAGUUAUAGUGACUGGGCACAAUUUCUUAUAUACCUUACUGACUGGGUAGUAGAAAAAUAAAAAUUAUACUUAUUACAGUCAACGUGUAUACUGUAUUACCAUCAUCACACUCAUGAAGGAUGAAGUAUGUACACUAGAUUUCUGUGAAAUAAGGAAAUGCUAAGUAAUUGUACUGAUAUUUUGUAUCAUGAUAACACUACAGAGGAUCACUGUACUGAUCUUGAUUGCAUAGGACUAUGUACAAAAUGCACAGAUUUACAAAAUAAAGACAUGAAAAUUU